AUGCAAGAUAGCAGGGAUCCUGCGUCCAGGAUCCUGGAGCGCAGGAGAACAGAACAGAGCUACGACGGCGCGACUGGUGCUGGCUCGCAGCGAGCCGAGGACCUGAUUCAAUGCAGCGACCAGCGCAAGAUAGCCGAACUACUGGCUCACCUGGCGCGCGUCUCCAAGACCGCGCGUAUCGCGGCCGGCGCCGGCAGCGGCGGCCCGCAGCGGGCUGAGGACCUGAUCCAGUGCAGCGACCAGACGGAACUGCUCGCUCCAAUGCUGGUCAAAGCUGCGCAACAGAGGGUUAUGUCUCCAGAUGACAAGGCGGCCAUAGAGCACUACCAAAAGCUGUUAGCUGAGUACGCGGAGUCUUUGGCCAACAUGCGGAAUUUGUGCGACCAGGCCGUGGAUCCUAUGGACUUCGUACAGACUGCAGGAGAGACUAUGCAGCGGUUGCGAGAGGACACUGCCCAGGAGGACGACCCACAAAAGUGUGCCUAUGCUUCUACAGCUAUAACUAAGUUAGCCAACCGGGUCAUCAACGUCAGUAUGUCGUCCAACGACGUCCGGAAAGACCCUGAACUACAGAAGUUACUGAAAGAAGCCAAAGAAAAGUUAAAAGCGACGGUACCGCCUCCAAACGCGCGCGCUAGCCGCGUUCCAGAUUGGAAAGUUACUACUGCUGAGAUUCUACGUACGACAGGCGAAGUGGAAUCCGUUUUAGGAGGUGAAAUGAUCUUCAACAAACAGCAAGGAGCGGAUCAGCCUAUAUUCGCGGCGGCUCGCGACUUGCACUCGGCGGUGCGCGGCUGGUCGGCGCGCGACAACGACAUCGUGGCCGUGGCCAAGCGCAUGGCCGUGCUCAUGGCCAAGCUCUCUGAUUACAUGAACACCGACAGGAAACGUGAAGUGCUCUCAACGUCUAAAGCGAUCGUGAUGGAAUCCCACGAGGUAGCGGAGCUGGCGAGAAAACUCGCAAACGAGUGCACGGACGUUAGGAUAAAAACUAAUCUUCUUCAAGUCUGCGAGAGAAUCCCUACCAUCAGUGGCCAACUGAAAAUGUUGGCUACAGUCAAAGGAUCGUCGCUUGGACAUCAAGAUUUGAAAGAAGACCAAGAAGACAUGAUAAUGUUGGUUGGAAACGCGCAGAAUCUUAUGUUAAGUGUCCAAGAAGUAGUAAAAGCUGCAGCCAGCGCCUCAGUCAAGAUCGAGUCGCAACGCGGCGGGCCGCGCAUGAGAUGGGUGCGGAAGAACUACUACUAGUGAUUAGUAAUCUACUAGUAAUAGGUACAAUACUUAAUGCCGUAAUAAAUAGCAUUAAACGAAUUUGUAAUAUCGUAAAUACAAUAAGAUGUAAGUAUUUUUAAAGGUCUGAUAGUGCCAUGAAAAAAUAUAUUUUUAUAUGAAUUUAUUGUGACGUGUGAUAAACCAAAGUGAUUGAGGAUUAUUCAUAUUUUAAAUAAAUUUUAUUUUGAUAUUAA